AUGAGGAGAAAUAUAGGCGGAGGCGGUGACCGUUCUCGCUCAGCGGCGACGCUGUCGUUUUCAGGCGGAGGCCAUCGAUGGCGACAGCUUCAUGAUGUCACCGUUGUGAACUGUGUGGCGACACAUAGGCCGUCGGUGGAAAGUGGGUGGCGGAGGUGGACUAGCAGAGGAGGUGGACUAUGUGUUUAUGUGUUUUCUGUGUUCGCGUGUGUUAUGUGUGUGACCGGCGGAGGAGGUACUGACAGGCGGUGGGACGUCGGGACGGCGACCGACGGACAAAAUUCUGACGGGUCACGACAUAUAAACACGCAGAGGCCAGUCGUUGUCCCCGGCGACCACCGGAAUUGGUCCGACUACCGUCACAGUCCUAGCGCCACCAGUAUAACUGUGGAAAUUCGGGCCACCGGGCACAGGGACAGAUUCGGAGUUGUGGGCGGGGGUCCGACACCGUGGUAUCUCGCGCAGAGGGCGUUGGCGAAGGAGACGGCGGACGUGCCGAAAGAGACGAAGGUGUAG